AUGCUGGUCAUUCCAGCCUUAUCUGUACCUUGCGGUCGACCGAAAUGGGAUCGCAUCUUUCAGUCGAUCGCCGCGACGCAUCCGGCGACGGAGACAGGGAUCUUCUUUUGCGCGGUCAGUUGCUCUUCAAACAUGGCCACGAAAACACGCAAGCCGUCGAUUGACCGGCGGAUGCACUGGAUGCUCACAGCCGGACCCUCUCGGCUCGAGUCUCCACCAAGUGUGCAACUAG